CCCCUUCUAGGUUGUUCUGGCAAUGACAUCCAGCUGUCUAUAAAGUAUUUUUCUUACAUUCCAGCUCUACAGGUGUAUUGCAUUGGAUACGAAGGAGCUCCGAAUUCCUAACUGGAUAUAUACUACGUCCGCCAUGGAAUGUCUUCCUCGUAUAUCAAUGGUGGGAAUUCCGUCAAAAAAGGCCUGCGGUCCUCCAGAUCUAACUCCUAUGAAAGAGUGUAUUUGCCGUAACUAUCAACUGUCUGCCAACGAAUUCAGGGAUGAGUUUGCAGAAUUUUUGCUUACCAGAAAGAGUGCGUGCGAGCCGUCUGUUGAUUACACGGGACUCUCCAAACUGAAAAGAUACUACGCGCAGCUGCAACUCGUUAAGGGACGGUUUGGUUCCCUCACUACUGGUAGCACUGGUGUAACGUGGAAAUGGUAUGGCGCAUUCACAGAUGUUCCAUUGGCAAAGAACGACAUGCGUUUCGAAGAGAAUUCCAUUCUGUUCAACAUCGGUGCAUUGCAUACGUCUCUCGCGAUCAGAGAAAAGCGCUCUGAUACCGAUAGUAUGAAGGUUGCGUGCACUCAUUUCCAAUGCGCUGCUUGGGCAUUAGACACCGCGUGCGACAGGCAUAGCAUUCCGGACGGCACUGAAGAGCUCAACAGUGAUCUCCUUCGUGUUCUGAGUCUCUUGAUGAUGGCCCAAGCCCAGGAGUGUAUCGUUGAGAAAUCCGUUGUUGAUGAUCGACCAGCGAAUAUUACUGGCAAGCUUACUCGAUACCUGGAGGAAACUUACGAACAAGUGUGCGUGCACUUAACUCAGCCCUCCCUGAUAACUGCUCCACUCUCCAAGUUCCUGAAGGAGUUGAACCGCAGGUGUCAAGUGAAGAAAGAUUACUACGGUGCACUUGCAGCCUACUUUGCUGGGAGCAAUGAGUUAACACUGAAAAAACAAGGCACAGCGAUCGCAUGGUAUCAAUUGGCACAACUGAACAUUAACAGGGCAGAAAAGCUUGCAAAAGAGAUAAAGGAUAUCGACGUCCCAUUCCCGUUGAAUUCUGGUCCUUCGUUGCGAGAUAACGUACUGUUCGUUAGCGGUGUGAUUAAUCAGAAGCUUACUGCUGCCAUCAGGGAAAACGAUUUCGUGUAUCAUGAAGCUAUUCCUUGUAUGGAGUCUCUGGAGCCCAUCAAGUCUGCUUGUUUAGUCAAAGGGAUCCCGUUCGAUCACAAUGACCCUGAAACUCGUGGCGUAGACAUUUUCCAACGUCUUGUUCCAAUAGCGACGCUGGAGGCAGCUUCGGUCUACAGUGAACAUAAAGCCUCACUUUUGCGUCGUCUUACUGCUGAGGUGGAUGAAAAGGAUCUAGCAUUGCAGGUUUUCCUGCCUACUCUCGAUCUGGACCCGCAGACCAUGCUUGCACCCGAUCCGACGUUGCCUCAAGAGCUUUACGAUGCGUGCGCACGGGUGUCAAAUUUAGAUGGUGGACCACAAGUCUUCCUAUCGGAGGAACUGAAAAAGCUUGAUGCCGCCAGCAUCAGCGUGAACAAGGAGCUACAAAACGUGUUACUUUUGUUGGAAAAAACAAAAAUUCGGAUGAACUCCGUCCCGAAUGCAAGAGGGAACGACGAAUUGCGUUCACUGGAAUCUCGUCUGAAAGUUGUCGAGGAGCGAAUAAAGGUUUCCGCAGAUGCGUUAGUUCAGGCUAAACACUCGAAUUCGCAACUUCGCGAAGCCAUCCAAGCUCAUCUUCCCACACUCGAACGGUUAAGUACAACUGUGGAAGAGCUUGCUGCAUCACUUCCUUCAGUGCAAGCAUUGAUCGAAGAUCCAGAAGCUGUGAAGGUCCUGAAUUCUAGCCAAGCAUUGUAUGACAAGGUGGAUGAAAUGCGUCGUCAAAGAAACAACUUCGUUGAUCAGUUGCGCAGCACCCUCCACGACGAUGAUAUCACCGGCGAUUUGUUGACAUCUUCCAGCCCUCCCUCCGCUGAUAUGUUUGAGACACGCUUAAAGAAGCAUGAUCAUCUUGUAGAGCUUCUUCGUCUCAAUUUGACUGCGCAGAAAAACAUUGAAUCAGCUUUCAUUGAUUUGAAUGCCGGAUUUGCGCCGUUUGCAAUCAAGCUGCGGGAUAUCCGUAAAAAGCGGGCCAGUGAGAUUCAAAUGCUUCUUCUCUCUGGACGGAUGCUUGAUGAAUUGUUGCACAAGCAUCGUCAAGGCCUAAAUUUCUACGAACAAAUCAAACUUCAACUUAACGAGAGUGCAAAUGUGUUGAAUGAAAUCUCCGAACGUUUGGACAAAGCAGUAUCCUCUUCUUUCGUUGUCACCCAGGGCUCGCCUGUAUCGCAUUUCACAACUAUCCCACCCGUUUCUCCGAUGUCAGCCCAACUUCCUAGACCUAUUUCUACUCUGGGAGAGUAUCUGGCUUCAAGGAAUGCUCGACCAAUAAACCCCAAUUUCGUCGGAUCUCCAUUUGAUACUCGGCCUGUGUCCACCGUUUGCGCUUCAGCCGCAGUUCAACCGGCGGCCCCAUUGCCUUCCACUCCUGUCGUUCUGCAUCAGCCCACAAGAGUUCCGUUUUCUCCUGUGGCGAAUUUUGGCCGCUUUCCUGCACCUCCACCCUCCUACAAUUCCGGGCCGUCAAACUCAGCCCAGGCGCCACCUUUGCAGGGUUUUCAUUAUUCGUCAUCAAGCGAGGGUGCCAUCACCACAUCGGUCCAUGGACAUCCUUUCAGUGGUAAUGUUUUCGGUUCCCAUUCACAGCACCUUCGCUCUCCGCAUGAUCCUGCGCUGAACCAGGGCAUGUUCCGUGCUAUCCAGCCUACCGCCAUUCGUGACCAAAUCUGGCCUGUCCAUCCCACAUGCAACGACCAUGUCUAUAGUCGGGUGAAUAAUGAAGUCCCCGUGGUACCUUAUUCUCGGCCGCCGUCCUUGCCUCAACAGCAUCAAGGGAAUAUCAAUAGACCAUCGAUUCCACCCUCAGUCCAGAAUUCGUUCGGUCUUCCCGUGAUCACUUCUGUAGCUGAUAGUCCAGGUGGCCCCCCAGCGUCAUCGUUGCCCUUUCAAGGUGGAGUACACGGGCUGUCUUUUGGUGCUGCUUCACCGUCUGUAAUUGCGUCGUCAGCUCCGAACACACUGUCAGAGCAUGUAACCUUGGCGCCUGAUUCGAUGCUCCUCCCUUCUUCCGGCUUGUCUUCGCAUCGCCUGGGGGUCUCAAAAGGUCCUCCGCCCGCCUCAGUUGCCCCCAGUCAGCGACCUACAUGUCACGAGAGUCCGCUUACUUCCACUGGACAUCCUCUUGUCUUGCACCCGAUGAACUGUCCUGAUACUUCGACCGCACAUCUGACUAGCACACUACCUGAUUCGAACGUGAACAACUUUCCGACUUCCUGUACCAUCACAGCCGUUCCAUCCACUAAUACACCUGCUGCCGGUGAUUUAACACCUUUACAGCCUCACGUUCUAACCAAGGCCGAUCUCGAUGCCCAGAGACGUGAAGAACGUUUGCGCGCUACCUACGGUAACCAGCCUGCAACGUCCAAUCUUCCUCCUUUCCUUUUUGAACUGAAGAGACCAGUGGCUCACGAUGUUGGACAACUUGAUUCCGCACACAGGAAUGUCAAUGAGAGUACUGAGGCUACUCCCAAUCACCAGGUUGCUGUUUCCAAAGGCGCUUCGCUCCUUUCCAAAAAUGAUCAACGGAAGCCCAUAACUGCGGAGCCUCUGUCCGAUCCCUUAGUUUUGAAUCGGUUUAUUGCAGCAACCGAGAACCUUCUAACGUGGUUAGAGAAUUUGAAUGAACCGUUAUCAGGCGUAUCCCCUUCACACAACAAUCAACCACCUAAGCGUUUGAGUACCGCCUGGUCUAGAGUCGUCGCUGCAUCCACUGACUUCUCAAAUUCAUCUUUGUUCAAAGGUAAGAAAUCUACUCAGGCGGCGGCUCUUUGUUGCGCUUCCAGGAACAGAUGCCAAGACUACGUCCCUUACGAUGCGAAUCGAGUCGUGCUCGACUCCACCAAGAACGAUUAUAUCAAUGCCAGUCACAUUGAUCUCUCAGACUCCGUUGGCGAUUGGUGUCCGCGAUACAUCGUGGCCCAAGCUCCUAUGACCAAAACGCUGAUUGAUUUCUGGAAUAUGAUUAUUUCCCAAGGCUGUGAGCUCGUCGUUUUACUAACACCCCCAAAACCUUCUGGAUUCGAUACUCAUUUGUCCGCUUUGAUGUCCACCGGCUCUCAGCACGGAGAAGGUCAGUAUGGGGAUCCCACCGACAUCCUCCAUGUACCUGCACACCUGCCUGCAAAUAAAGUCGGGGCACGGUUCUGUAUUCCAGGCAGUUCCUUGGAAUUGCGCUUGCAAUCUAUCAAGGAGUCUACGUCUGAUUCGUCUGCGCAUUCUUCCAAUGAAUAUGGCUCAACUUACGUCGGGCAGUGGACAGAACGCCUUAUCACUAUUUGCGAUCAGGCCACGCAACGCACUAGAAGUUUGAUACAUUUGUGUUUCCAUGGCCCGAUCCUGCAAUCCACAACCUCUGAUGCCGGAUCGUUAGUGGAAACUAGUGCCAAACACUUUUGCGCUUUCGUUAACUGCGUCCAUUCGUACUACAAGCAGCAACGAUCUCUUGUUCAUCCGAUCGCUGUAGUGUGCGAGUACGGAGCCGGAUUGAGUGGAGUCUUUGUAACUGCAUCCGUUUGUAUUCUGCAUGCGGAGAUGUUAGGACGUGUGGCUGAUGUGGUUGAGAUUGCUGGACAGGUAUGUCGACUGCGCCGUGGAUUGCUCCACCAUCCAUCCCAUUUGGUCACCGCAGCUCGUGUCGUCGCACAUGCCGCUGUGGAAACUGUCGCCCGACGUGACAUCGUAGUUGGGCCUCGUCGCUGCGCACACAACGUUCUGACUCUAUCAAAUGCCACAGCCACUAGUCAGCGAUCACUCGAUGUAAGUCCUAGACACAACCCAAUAGACACGCUGUUUUCGGAUCAGCCUGUGAAUUUAAACGACUUAAUCUCUGUCGUGAACAAGUGGACUGUCAGUGAAGGCGAAUCGAUGACCACGCUAACUGACCGCGAGGAUGUGGUUCCGGUCUCAUCCGAUAACGCUACUACCACUGUGGGCUGUCCGGCCGCGAAUACAUCCCUCCCCGAUGUCACGGAUGUCGCCAAUACCAGUAACUCGGACCGAGAAGCGAAGGAGGCGACUGGUUCUGCUACUUUACUCUCUGUUGAUCAGUUGGUUGAUCUGACUGGUCUGUCUUUAUCAGACUUACGUAAAAAGAGGUGCAGUCGCCGCGAAUUUGAGUCUGUUUCCUACCAUCAGCCAGUUCACAAUUUUGAUGAUCCAUUCGCACAGCUUGAUCCCAUCUUGCAGUCAAAACUGUCAGCUCUCAUCAACAAUGCUCCGUGAUCUUUCAACAAACGAUGUAUAAGUUCACACUUCAAAUCUCGCCUACACACUACUUUUUUCAAUUGAUUUUGCCCAUGUUCCAUGAACCGCCUCUUAUUUUUACUUUAUUCGCUAAUUCCACAUUUUGUUCAUCAUUGUGAUUUUGUAGCUUCACUUUGUUUUUCAAGCAUUCACCUUCGUGGUUUUUGUUGCGACAAUAGUCAUUCUUUUCAGUCCAUCUGCUGUGUACUGUGGAUGUCAACCAAAGACGCUCGAGAACUUUUCAUAAAUCGGUGUUGCGCGGGUUUCCAGCCUUUCCAUAGUACAAUUUGAUAAAAUAGGCUCUUGAAUCGCUGGAUACUGAGAAUAGAGAGCGAGAAGAU